AUGUCUCUCCAUAUCUCCCUUUCAUCCCAGCUAAUGGCUGCCCCCCAGCAAACCCCAACUCUACAAUGGAUGACCUAUACUGUGCAAGAGGUGCUGCAUGCUAUCCAAUCUGUCAAUAGGAACUUCUCCGCUGAUUAUCUGUGGGGUAUCCUCCUCCCCUUUGGUGUUUUGUUAGGACCUAUCAAGCUUUUCAAGGAUCAACUCAUCACCAUCAUCAGCUACAAGCACUACAAGAUUCAUUGGAAUGGCCUAACCAGCAAAUCAUCUGCUGUUACAGUCAAGGAUUUAUCCAAUAAUGGCACUUGGAUCAACAAGCAAAAAAUUGGCAAAGACCAAUAUAUGCUCACGGAAGAGGGAAAUGAUAUUGUCUUUGGGCAGGAUCCCACUAUGCAUGAACUCUCAAGUGUCAGUUAUUGUGGAUAUGGUGUUGUUGUGAAGGCCUUCUCUUGGGUGACAAACAAGUGGUAUGCAAUUAAGACCAUUCAUGCACCAAAAGGUGUAGCUGCAGCGGAACCACACUUGCGUGUCUCUUCACAAAGGGAUAAGAUGGAAGACUUGGCAAGAGAGGUCUGCAUCCUCGAACAGCUCCAGCAUAACAAUGUCUGCAAGCUUGAAGAGACAUUUUAUUAUGACUCCAAAAUUUCUCUAGUGCUUGAGUUUGUUGAUGGAGGUGAUCUCAAUAAUUACAUUUAUACCCAUAGCACUCUGGUACAUCUACGCAUUGUGCACCAAGAUCUGAAGCUGGAGAACAUCCUUCUUACAUCCAAGAAACCUCCUGUUGUCAAGGUUGCCAACUUUGGUCUCGCAAAAGUCAAGGAUAGCAUGUCAGCCCUCAAGACAAUUUGUGGAACUCCUGAAUACAUGGCCCCAGAAGUUGUGCUGCGGCUCAUAAGAGGAUACAACAACCUUGUUGAUUCUUGGAGUGUUGGUGUUAUCAUAUUCAAGAUGUUGACAGGUAAAUCACCCUUCAUUGAGGACUCUACUAUUGCGGAAAUGGAGACCUGUGUCACAAUGCAUAAGAGUAACUGGAAACCUCUCGAGGACAUGAACAUAAGCAAAAAUGUCAAAGGAAGAAUUUGGAGCUCUGUGAUAAGCCAACUGUCUGUCUGCCAUUAUGUCCUUAACGGUACUAGUGUCAUGUUGGGCAUGCUUCAAAGCAUCAGUAAGAAAAAUGAUAGCAUAGUGUAUUGCGUCCAGACUGCCAAGCCAUUGCUAGCCACCCAGGGGGUGCUUAAUCAUGUUGUGCAAGGAUAUUCCUGA